UCCCCUAUGGCUCCCUCCCUCCUCGCCGCCGCCGCCUCGCCCUUCCUCCUCCACGGCGCUGCCGGGAGCAGAAGCGGCAGCAGCCUCGGAACGGUCGCCGCCGCCGUCCCGGGCCGCCGCGCCGCCUCCGCUCUCCGUGUGCGGGCCUCCAUCAAGUGCGACCCUUCCAAGGUGGCGCCACAGUCCGACAGAGUGCUCGUCCGCCUCGAGCAGAUCCCAGAGAAAUCUGCUGGAGGAGUCCUGCUACCAAAAUCUGCUGUUAAGUUCGAGAGAUAUUUGAUGGGAGAGAUUUUGUCGGUUGGUGCUGACGUUUCUGAAGUUGAAGCUGGAAAGAAGGUUCUCUUCUCAGACAUAAAUGCUUACGAGGUUGACCUGGGCACAGAAGAGAAGCACUGCUUCUGCCGAGAGUCGGAUCUCUUGGCCGUCGUCGCAUGAGCCUACUCUUAAAUUUUAGAGUCAUGCGCAUAUGCUCCAAAUUCCUUUGUCUCAGCCGCGCAAGCUAUUUGCUAGCUCCAAGUUUGUUGUCUAUCUUUUGAUGAUCAUAUGUUGAGCGACUUAUCAGGUUUAGUUACAGAUGUUCCUUUUCUUGCCAUAAGGGCAUGUUGAUUAAAUAUUCACACCCUGGUGCCUCUUCUUCUCUAGUAGAAAGGCACAUUGGAAAUCGGACUUGGAUUCGUAUAUCUGGGAUGUGAAUGGUUGGUUGGUGAGACGAUAUGCAUUGUUGCUUUA